AGUGAGGGUGUGUAUAGGUGGGCGUACUUAAACAACAAACAGUGGACUGGCUCAGAGACUGGCUGUUACUUGCUUAGAGCUUGAGGGACGCAAUGAACUCCACAGCAGUGCUGAAGGUGGCCAAAGGAUUCUUCCCUUUAUUCUACUUGGUUUCACCAAGCCAGUCUUCAUUUAAACACUUGAGUGAGGUCCCAGACUAUGUUCAACAAGUGGUGCCCUAUUUCUUUGUGUUGAUUGCCUUGGAGGCUGUUGUGCGAUGGUUUCAAGACAAACCACUGCCACGAGUCAAUGACAGUAUCAGUUCUCUCACGGCCGGUACCUUCCUCAUGUUUGGUCGAGCAAUUAUUGGAACAUUUGAGAUUGUCAUCUAUGCCUGGAUCUACGAGAACUUCUAUUUCUAUCCCCUGCCCUGGGACUCUGCGGCUACCUGGUGGAUUGCUAUGAUCUUGAUCGAUUUCUUCUAUUAUUGGUUCCACAGGAUGGCUCAUGAGAUCAAUCUGUUCUGGGCGGCACAUCAAGUGCAUCACAGCUCACAGGACUACACACUCUCCACUGCACUCAGACAGUCUGUCAUGCAGCGAUUCAGCUCUUGGAUGUUCUAUUUACCGAUGGCUUUCUUUAUGCCACCUGCAAUGUACGUGGUUCACAAGCAGUUUAACCUGCUCUACCAGUUCUGGAUCCAUACGGAGGUAGUGAACAAACUGGGCCCUCUAGAAUGGUUCCUCAACACUCCGUCUCAUCACCGAGUGCAUCACGGCACUAACCCUUACUGCAUUGACAAGAACUAUGCUGGUGUGCUGAUCAUCUGGGACCGAAUGUUUGGAACAUUUGCCGAGGAGAAGGAGAAGGUCUACUAUGGACUAAUGCACCAGCCCAAAACUUGGAACCCCAUUUAUGCUCAGUUCUUUGUGUUUGCUCACAUUAUUCGGAGAGUAUGGUCCCACAAAGGCAUUACGGAGAAGUUGAGGUUUCUGUUCUACUCUCCCAGUUGGACUCCUGGUCACGGGAGAAUGGGUUUCGUCUACUCCGAACCUUACCCACCCGUAUCCGCACAUUUGAAGUCAAGAUUUGGCAAGCCUACUUCGUGGUGGCUCACUGUCUACACCGGCAUUCAAUUCACUACUGCAGUCUACUUAUCUCUGGAGCUGGACAAACUGAAAGCCCCCUAUUUUGUCUCCCUGUUGGUCAUUUUUUACCUGAUUCUUUAUUUUACAAACAUUGGGCUUUUGUUUGAUCUCAAUCCCAUGAGUGCUAAGAUCGAGGUGUUGAGACUGAUUAUCUUAUUGGCUGUGGACUAUGCACUGACACCACACACCGUCAUCACAGGGAUGCUACUCCACUUCACAAGAGCUGUUAGUGUGUUCUCUCUCGUCUUAUGGCUACUAAUUACAUUCAAACAGACAGCAAAUAAAACAGAACAGUGACAAUCAAAAAUAUUGCGCUAUAUAAAUAUAAUUAUUUAUAUAUACAGUCAUUACUAUUGUAGAUUGCCGAAAUGCUGUCAUGUAUAAUAAACUAUGCUUCUGAAUCCCCAAGUUAUGAUCCUCUGUAAAUUUGUGUGUGUGUGUCAUAUUGAAUAUGAGAAAUUAAACACAUUGG